CGGUCAGACGGGGAUAUGAGAACUACAAAUCCCAGACACUCUUUGCAGCCUGACUUUGGUUGUUGGAAAUUACACAGAUUGGUACUGCGGCAGAGCUGUAGAGAAAAAACGCAACACGAUUCGUGUUUGGAGAUCAAUGGAUUUGUUUCGCUAUUUUUUGCAGUAGUAGAAACUCACCGUUGAAAAUGGGGAAAGCCGAAGAAGUCAUACGCAUUGGCAAGAAAUUGGACAAGAUGGUCAAUAAAAAAAGCACGGAAGGUGCUAUAGACUUACUAAAAGAACUGAAAAACAUUACUAUGUCCUUGGACACAUUACAGUCCACAAGGAUUGGGAUGUCUGUGAAUGCUGUAAGAAAACAAAGCACGGACGAAGAGGUCCAGACCAUAGCCAAAUCUCUUAUCAAGUCUUGGAAGAAACUGGUGGACAGUUCUGAAAACAAAGCAGACGAGAAGAAAAAAGAAUCUUCCUCACCAUCAUCGUCUUCCAAGAACAGCCCUCAAUCGGGCGACCAAAGCUCAAGCAAAAAACAAGAGGCACCAAAGACCCCCAGUACCCCAACCACCCCAAAGGUCACUACAUUCCCGGCUGUGCCAGUUACAAUAGACAGUGUGCGCAACAAGUGCAGAGAAUUACUGGUGGCAGCUUUACAAAUGGACAAUGAUUAUUUAGCAAUUGGAACUGACUGCAAGCAAUUGGCUGCACAGAUUGAAGAUUAUAUCUACCAAGAGUUUAAAAAAACAGACGUGAAGUACAAAUCACGACUGAGGAGCAGGAUCUCGAACCUGAAGGACCAGAAGAACCCAGAACUCAGGAAAAAUGUUCUGUGUGGAAAUGUUUCAGCUCAACGCAUCGCCUCGAUGACCUCAGAGGAGAUGGCCAGUGCAGAGCUGAAGGAGGUUAGGAAAGCCCUGACAAAGGAGUCAAUCCGAGAGCACCAGCUGGCCAAAACAGGCGGCACGGAGACUGACCUCUUCCAGUGUGGAAAGUGCAGUAAGAAGAACUGCACCUACACACAGGUGCAAACCCGCAGUGCUGAUGAACCUAUGACCACAUUUGUUCUGUGCAACGAGUGUGGAAACAGAUGGAAGUUCUGUUAGGACUUCUGUGAAGUUCAGCGUUGAAAUCAAGAUCAACUAUUGACAAAUGGUAUUUUGUUACAAUUGCAGUGAUGAUGGGAAAAGUACAUUGGUGAACAAUGUUAAAACAAAUUGUGCAUCUUUAAUGGGGAAUUACAUUUGUCAGCUGGAUGUUAAAUACUUCCUUUUUCUUGUUUUUUAAAAAAACGAUUGUCUUAUUUCAA